AAUGCACUUAUUCCCCGUGAUACUGAUGGAAAUGGUGAACUGUCAACACCUCUGCAAAAUGAGAAUAUGAAUACGAUUCGAAUUACGGUGAAGAGUAACGAUCAGCUGGUUUGAAGGGUAAUUGUGUCUAUCCUCGGGACGGUUGAACAGUUCGAAGCCGAAAGGCCCCGGCUAAGAGCGAUGUCGAUGUUAACAUGCAAGAGAACAACGAAUGCAAAGAUCGUGGCUCUCGAAUGUUAAGUUCCUAUAAUAAUGGCAGAUAAUGUACACAGAAAAUCGCAUAAACUGUCGGAUGGUAGUAGUAGAAAAACGUCGAAUCCAGUGCACCGUACGACCACCGAGACGAUUCGGUUAGGCGAGCCCGAGAAGUUGUACCAGCCGGUUAGUCUGACUAGCUCCAGCAACGUGACGGCCAGUAAUCAGUGUCGUAAAAAGACAUCGUCCUUCCAAAUAACAAGUGUUACCGUCGGUUGUCGUAUGAGCAACGAUGCCGGCGAAGACUCGAACGACGAUCUGGACGAGUCCCACACGGAGGACAAUUCCGUCGAGCAUUCGCGUAUCACCGACAUCGACAUCGAAACACCGAGUUACUCGGAAGACACUUUCUCCAAGGAGGAUGUAUUCUUCAAUACCAGUAAUGCUGCCCUCAGCACGGCUCCGGUGAUUCCUACCAGUUCCCAAUACGGUUUGGCGAUCGUACCCUCGGAAGGAAACAACGUUAUUAAUUCGGUAAACGACAGCAAUAUCAAUACUCUCGAUAUCACAUCCGUCACCGACAACAAUAUUAUUAAUUUACUGUCGAGCAACGUGAAACAAGAUGCAGACCUACGCGAGGUACAUUCGCACGGUAGGAACGAGCGUUUUAAAGUGGUUAAAAUUGAAAGUACCGAGCCAUUUAAAAGGGGUAGGUGGACUUGCAUGGAUUACUUGGAUCAUACGUCAGUCAAUCAGCCAACCGCAAUUAGUACUCCAAAAGUGUCGGAUCCAAACGAGGUGUGCAUAUCGUAUGGGGUGACAGAUAGUGGAAUAGUCAUACCAGACGCGUCCAAGCAAUCUGUUGUAUCUGAGGAUAAAGGUAUAGGUAUAGAUACAAAUGGACAAGUAUCCGCUCAUCCUGAUGUGCAUUCAUCAAUCGGUGUACCGAGCAACACAGCAACUGUUUCAAGUGCUAAUUACGCAGUAGGCAAUUCAAUUCCUCCAAAUGCACAGCAUAAUCCAACGCAAGUUCAAACUCAGCAGAAGGUGCAAGCACCUUCGCAAAUUCCCCCCUAUUUCCAAUCUUCCACCCAACAGUUAACUUCUCAACCGCAACAGCAAGGUACACAAGGAUCUACAUUACCUUCUAAUCUGCAGCCUGCUCACCCAAACAAUUUGACCCAACCCCAAAGUAUGCCCCAAGGUUCUAUUCCUAUUAUAACACAGACUGGUAAUAGCAAUGUGACAGCCCAACAAAGUAUACCUCAUUCUAAAGAAGAUACAUAUGUGACAGUGAGUACGCAGAAUCAGUCGUUGCCAGUUCAAACUGUUUGUCAGCCAUCUGUUCAACAACCGCCUGUUCCAACAUCGCAGGCGCCGAAUAUUCUAGUUACACAACAGCAGCAGCAUGCUCCUCCUUCUCAGCAACAGCAGCAACAACAUCCACCAACUCAACCGCAACAACAAUCCCAACAGCAGCAGCAACAACAGCCUCAACAAUCGCUUCAAACCCAGAAACCGAUCACGCAAAUCUCUGAACCUUUGACUGCCAUACAAGGAAUGCAAGGCAUCCAGAAUAUUCACAAAGUUCCUCAGACAGGUGCACAGCAAACUUCCUCGACUAUACAUGCUCCUGGAGCACCAGUACAAUCUCAAGUCAUACCUCCAUCUCAAAUGCAACCCCAGACAUCCGGUAGCAAUGCUCAAGUGCAAAUGGCGCAAGUAUCGGCUAGUUGCCAAAAUGUUGUAGGUGGUAUGCAACAAGGAAACAUGACAUUUCAUCAAUCGGACCCGGAGCAGGACUCCAUUUCAGGCAUAGUAGCUGCAUCCACAACUCAGUCUGCUGAUACAGCGCUUUUAGAAUCUUUAACUGAAGUUACUCAAGGCAGUGACGAACAUCACACCCUCGAAGAUAAUGAAAGCAUGUCGGGGACUAGCGCUGUAGCAAUUGAUAAUAAGAUUGAGCAGGCCAUGGAUCUUGUUAAAAGUCAUUUGAUGUUUGCUGUACGAGAAGAGGUUGAAGUACUCAAGGAAAAAAUAGCAGAGCUUAUGGAUCGCAUCAAUCAAUUGGAAGCUGAAAAUUCAAUUCUAAAAGCACACGCGACUCCAGAAACAUUAGCUCAAUUGAGCCAAUCAGCUGCAAAAUUACCCCAAAACAGUUCAGGAAGUGGUCAAUAG